AUGUCACCAUGCUGUACUUACAAUAAAUGUGCAGCUGUUUUCUUUUUCAACGUUAACACAUUUAGAAAAGCAUUUCCUGGAUCUUUACGCAAUUUUCAAACAGCAAGCGUAUUAUCCAGUGCAUUAGAAGUGCAAACGGAGCAAACAAAAUUGUUUGAUUUACCAGUGCCAAAAGUGACUAAGGAACGGAAUGUACCCAUAGAUUUGCCAAUGCAAAGAACGUUGGCGGAUUUUCAUCAAUCUCUUCUCACGGUAAAGGUUAAUAUUCCUUACUGUUGCGUAUUCAUAAGACAAACCGACUUCCUGUCAAACCCUUUCGCACUAAUCAUUAUUAUUUCACGACAACAUAUAUGUUUGUCAAAUGUGCGACAGAAUAUUUUUUUCUCCGAAUUAUCCACUAUGAUAGCCCAUAUGAACAUUCAUACGGGUGUGAAGUCAUACAGUUGUCCAAUAUGCAAUAGAAAAUUUUUUUUUCCUGAAUUACGCACUGUGGAAGCCCAUAUUAGGAGUCAUAUUGAAAAACCGCACAGUUAUCGAAUAUACAACAGAAAUUUUCCUCAAUUAUCCAAUAUGGAAGCACAUAAGAAGAUUCAUACCGGUGAGAAGUUGUACAGCUGUCAAACAUGCAACAGAAGUUUCUCUCAAUCAUGGCUUAGAAGUCGCCAUAUGAGGACUCAUACUGGUGAAAAAUCGCACAGUUAUCAAAAAUGCGGCAGAAGUUUCGUUAAUUAUGCAAUAUGA